GUUGCUUGUCUACUGCCCAGGCUGGUGCCUCUUCCAGCCGUUCCGCGGCGGCGCCUGCUUCGUCGUCCUGCAGGCUUGCGGCUGGACCAGCCUGGCCACGGUGGGCGCCGCGGUGCUGCUGCUCGUCGCUACGUCCGCCUACGUGCCCGGCUUCGCCUCUGCGCUGGGGCUCGCGCAGCUGGUCGCGCAAGUCGCCCUCGUCAUAUCUCUCGCACACUUCGAGAACGUGCACGUCUCGGUCGAGUACUGGAGGCAGCACUGCAAGCAGUGGAUGCACGACGGGAUGCCUCUGUCCGUGGCCGCCAUCAUGCUGGUGACGGUGGCCAUCGCGACAAUCGGCGCCGCCAUGGUCUCGCCGCCGUCCCCCCGGCUUGCCUGCUGGAUCGCCCUGGCCAUGUGGCUGCUCCUGCAGGCAGCCGGCGUCCGCAUCAUGUGGACGGUCACCUGGAACAUCGGCACGCUCUUCGCCUACGCGCUCGAGUCGGAGGAGGCGCUGGCCGUCAUGGCGUGCAUCGGCAUAGGCGCCGUCUGCGCGCCCUGGUACCUGGGCCGCGCCGCCUUCUGGCGGCAGGACUUUGCCACCCGCGCCAUGAUCGGGCUGUCGCGCUGGGCCAGCGAGGACCUCUGCCUCCCGCUGCGGCUGCGCGGCUGGUACGUCCACGAGCACUGCAUGGGCUACGUGCGAGCCUGCUUCCUCUUCGCGGACACCGCGCUGCACGCGGUGCCCGCCGCGCUCCUCCUCCAGCACUGCGCGUGGCGCAUCCGGCCGUGGCACGUCGCGGGGUCCGUGGCGCUCUCGGCGCUCUGGAUGGCGACCCUGUCGCUGAGGUUCGUGGUGCUCGACUUCCAGCUCCUCUGGCAGGGGCGGCUGCUCUGGCGGCGCUGGGGCGAGAGGUCCCUCUUCGAGCCGCACAAGGUCGGCCACAUCUACCUCUUCGAGAACAGCGCGGUUCCCCAGGACGACGCCCUGAUCGCGUGCGUCCCGGGCUUCCUGAGCUUCAUGGCCCUCGGCCACGCCGCGGUCGCGCUCGUGGCCGCGACACCCUGGGCGGGCGAGGUACUCUUCGCCGCGGGGGGCGGGCACCGCGUCUCGGAGGGGACCCUCGCGGGCGCGAUCGUGUGCCUGCUGGGCUGCUCCGCGCUCGCGGGCGCCUCGGGCUUCGCCAGGCUCCUGUGGCUCCGAGCGCACGAGGCGAAGGAGAAGGAGAAGUGAGGCGCGCGUGGUGCCGUCACCAGCGGGCAACGGGGGGGGUCAUC